AUGGCAAUUAUUCAUGUUAAAGCUCGAACAUCGCCUUAUCCUGGCACCACUGAUAUUUCCAGAACACCAGUACCUGAUGAUAAAGUACCGUGGACUGUUAAUUGGUCUGAUUACAAGCCAAGAGAAUAUACGGAACAGUUUGUUUUGACAAAACCAGUCUGGGCUGAUGAUUCCGAUGCAAAAAAAAUUAAACAUUAUAAUGAAAUUGAUGAAAACAUUGAUCGAACGAGUUUCAUGGAUAAAUAUAAAGUUGAGAAAGAAACGAAUCGACCAAAGAAUCCUCAAGGUCGUACUGGAUUAUCUGGUCGUGGUUUACUUGGUCGAUGGGGACCAAAUCAUGCUGGUGAUCCAAUUGUUACACGUUGGGCUAAAACUGAACACAAUGAUAAAAAAAAAGUACUAGAAAUUAUACUUAUCAAUAGAAGAGAUAGUGGAGAAUUAGCUAUACCAGGUGGAAUGGUUAAUGCAGGUGAGCAUGUAUCAGCAGCAAUCAAACGAGAAUUUAUUGAAGAAGCUAUAAAUUCUAAUGCCGAUGGUGCUAAACAUGUUGAUGAACUAUUUAAAACAGCUAUUUAUAAAGGUUAUGUUAAUGAUCCAAGAAAUACGGAUAAUGCUUGGAUUGAAACUGAAGCUACCAAUAUGCAUGAUGAAACGGGUGAAUUAACAAAAGAUUUGAAACUAGAAGCUGGUGAUGAUGCGUCACACGUAAAAUGGUAUCGACUUGAUCGUGAUCAUAAUUGA